UAGAUCUUUGUGAUGGAUGACUGCCGUGUGUGUAUAUGUGUGUGCGUGUGUGUGUAAGAGAGAGUGAGAGAGUGCUUUUUUUUUUCUCUUUGGUGUUCCUCUGUUCCCCUCUGUGUAGGCAGCCAGAGGAGUGCAGGAGUGGGAGGGAAGCAGACAUAGACGCUGAGCACAGCGAGAGAGACGGAGACAGAGAAAGAGAGAGAGAGAGUUUUCUUUAGGAAGUCAAGCACGACAGAAGAGGACGAGCUUCUUUUUUUUUUGUCUCCCCCCCCUACCACAAGAACAAUCAAAACAGGACUAGUCUGACCUAAAGUAGCCAUUUCUUCUGCUUGUGAGGACAAAAAAAACCAGUUACCUUUUAUACCUUUUUUUUUUUUUCUUCUUCAUCCUCCACACGUAGUCUUUCUCCUACACGUUGUGUGUGCUUUGCUUUCAGCAUAAGGACUUCUGCAGCAGUAGCAGCAGCUUUGAAAACGGAAAAAAAAUCUCUUAAGGAAAGAAAGGCAGUAUAAACGGAGUUUUACGGAGCUGUGGAUCAGUCAUGCCCAUGAGAGGCUGUAGGGCAUGGAAGUGGGCACUGCUCCUGUGUGGCGCCCUGUUCGCCCACCGUGCCACCGCGUGCCCAGCUCUGUGCACCUGCAGUGGAACCACCGUGGACUGCCACAACCUGGGGCUCAAGAGCAUUCCCAGGAACAUCCCAAGGAACACGGAGCGACUGGAACUGAAUGGAAAUAACUUCACCCGCAUCAACAAGAACGAUUUCAGUGGACUCAAAUACCUCCGUGUUCUGCAGCUGAUGGAGAACCAGAUUGGAGCCAUCGAGCGGGGGGCCUUUGAUGACAUGAAAGAACUGGAGAGACUACGUCUAAAUAGGAACCAACUCUACCAGCUGCCAGAGCUACUGUUCCAGAAGAAUGCUGCUUUGUCACGACUAGACCUGAGUGAGAACUUCAUCCAGGCCAUUCCCCGCAAGGCCUUCCGUGGAGCUACAGACAUCAAGAACCUUCAGUUGGACAAAAAUCACAUCAGUUGUAUUGAGGAUGGAGCAUUCCGGGCACUUCGAGGGUUGGAGGUUUUAACACUCAACAACAACAACAUCAGUGCCAUACCGGUGUCCAGUUUUAACCACAUGCCCAAGCUGAGGACGUUCCGUUUGCACUCAAAUAAUCUGAAUUGCGACUGCCACCUGUCCUGGUUGUCCCAGUGGCUGCGACAGAGGCCCACACUUGGUCUGUUCACACAGUGCUCGUCUCCACCACAGCUCCGUGGGAUCAACGUGGCUGAGAUCCAGAAACACGAGUUCAGUUGUUCAGGUCAUUUAGAGAAUUCCAGCCCACAGACAUGCAGUCUUGCUUCUGGCUCCUGUCCUGCCAUGUGCACCUGCAGCAAUAAUAUAGUGGACUGCAGGGGUAAAGGAUUAACAGCCAUCCCGGCCAACCUGCCUGAAAACAUGGCCGAAAUACGACUGGAACAGAACGGUAUCAAGUCCGUCCCACCAGGAGCGUUUUCGCCUUACAAGAAGCUGCGCCGAAUAGACCUCAGCAACAACCAGAUCUCCGAGAUUGCUCCUGAUGCCUUCCAAGGCCUGCGUUCCCUAAACUCUCUGGUGCUGUAUGGGAAUAAGAUCACCGAGUUACCCAAAGGAGUGUUUGACGGGCUCUACGCCCUCCAGCUGCUACUACUGAAUGCCAAUAAGAUACACUGUGUCCGUGCUAAUGCAUUCCAAGACUUGCAGAACCUUUCCCUGCUGUCUCUCUAUGACAAUAAGAUCCAGACCCUGGCCAAGGGCACCUUUGCCUCGCUGCGUGCCAUUCAGACACUUCACCUGGCUCAGAACCCAUUUAUCUGUGACUGUAACCUCAAAUGGCUAGCCGACUAUCUCCGUGCCAACCCGAUCGAGACGAGCGGUGCACGGUGUGCUAGCCCACGCCGCCUUGCUAACAAGCGCAUCGGCCAGAUCAAGAGCAAGAAGUUCCGCUGUUCUGCCAAAGAGCAGUACUCCAUUCCAGGCACGGAGGACACCAGGUUGAACAACGAAUGCAACAAUGAACCUGUCUGCCCAGCCAAGUGCCGCUGUGAAUCCAACGUGGUGGACUGCUCCAAUCUGCGCCUCACAAAGAUCCCUGAACACAUCCCAGCCUCCACCACCGAGCUUCGCCUGAACAACAACGAAAUCACUUCUCUGGAAGCUAACGGCGCUUUCAAGUCUCUGACCCAGCUGAAGAAAAUAAAUCUCAGCAACAAUAAGAUAGCUGAAAUUGAAGAUGGUGCGUUUGAGGGCGCUUCAUCUGUCUCUGAGCUUCACCUCACAGCCAAUCAACUGGACUCUGUGCGCAGUGGCAUGUUCCGGGGUCUGGAGGGGCUACGGAUGCUAAUGCUGCGCAACAACCGUAUUAGCUGCAUCCAUAACAACAGCUUCACUGGCUUGUACAAUGUUCGUCUACUGUCCCUCUAUGACAACCAGCUGACCACCAUCUCACCUGGAGCUUUUGACACCCUUCAGACCCUCUCAACCCUGAACUUGCUGGCCAACUCCUUUAACUGCGACUGCCGGCUAGCAUGGCUGGGCGACUGGCUGAGGACUCGCAAGAUUGUCACCGGCAACCCGCGCUGUCAGCGUCCUGCUUUCCUGAAGGAGAUUCCGCUGCAGGAUGUGGCUCUGCCAGAUUUCCGCUGUGAAGACGGCCAAGAGGAUGCCAGCUGCAUGCCACGCCCACAGUGCCCGAGCGAGUGUACUUGCCUGGAGACAGUGGUCCGCUGUAGCAACAAGCACCUUCAUUCCCUCCCUAAGGGCAUCCCGCGUAAUGUUACUGAGCUGUACCUGGACGGCAACCAGUUUAGUGUCGUGCCAAAAGAGCUUGCCACCUUCAAGUAUCUGCAGCUGGUUGACCUGAGCAACAACAAAAUCAACGCCUUGACAAACUCCUCCUUCGCAAACAUGAGCCAGCUCACCACCUUGAUCCUGAGUUACAACGCACUUCGCUGCAUUCCCACACUUGCUUUCGCAGGUCUUCGCUCUCUCCGUCUGCUGUCCUUGCACGGUAAUGACAUCUCCGAGUUUCCUGAUGGGAUCUUCAGUGACGCAGUGUCUCUGUCUCACUUAGCCAUCGGUGCGAACCCCCUGUACUGUGACUGCCGCUUGCGCUGGCUCUCAGACUGGGUGAAGACGGGCUAUAAGGAGCCGGGUAUUGCUCGCUGCACCGGGCCACCUGAAAUGGAGGGAAAGCUGCUCCUCACUACUCCAGCCAAGAAGUUUGAGUGCCAUGGUGAAGCUGACCCAUCUGUCCUGGCUAAGUGUAACCCGUGCCUAUCCAGUCCCUGUAUGAACUACGGCGCAUGCCAGACAGAUUCAGCAGAACUGUAUAAGUGCACAUGUGUGGAAGGCUUCAAGGGAAAGAACUGCGAGACUGCCCUCAACGCCUGCAUCAGUAACCCGUGUGCUAAUGGUGGAACGUGCCAAGUGACUGAAGAAGAAGAUAACUACAUUUGUUCAUGUCCUCUGGGAUUUGAAGGCCAAAGAUGUGAAAUCAACAUUGAUGACUGUGAGGACAACGACUGCGAGAACGGAGCAACCUGCAAAGACGGUGUGAACAACUACACGUGCUUGUGUGCACCUUAUUACAGAGGAGAGAUGUGUGAGGAGCUGGAAGACGUGUGUGCUCCUGAACGCAGCCCCUGCAAGCACCAAUCAACCUGUCUUAUCACAGCAGCUGGCCCGAAGUGUGUGUGCGCGCCUGGGUAUGUGGGAGAUGACUGCAGUGUGGACUAUGACGACUGUCAGGAACACAAGUGCCAGAACAAUGCGGAGUGUGUGGAUGAGAUCAACAGUUACUCCUGUACUUGCACCCGAGGCUACAGUGGGCAGCUGUGCGAGGUGCCGCCUGCACCACGUUCCCCCUGCCAGUUGGCUGACUGCCAAAACGAUGCACCGUGCGUGGAGCGAGCAGGCCGGGCACUGUGCCAGUGUCUGCCCGGCUUCGGUGGCCCGCGCUGUGAGAAGCUGGUCAGUGUCAAUUUUGUGGACCGGGACUCGUAUGUGCUGCUGAGCGACUUGAAGAACUGGCCUCAGGCCAACAUCACCUUGCAGGUGUCCACUGCAGAGGACAAUGGCAUCCUGCUGUAUAAUGGAGACAAUGACCACAUUGCUGUGGAACUCUUCCAAGGUCACGUCAAGGUCAGCUACGACCCUGGCAGUCAACCCAGCCAUGCCAUUUACAGCACGGAGACCAUUAAUGAUGGUCAGUUCCACACGGUGGAAUUGGUGACCUUUGACCAGAUGGUGAACCUAUCGAUCGAUGGCGGUGUGCCCACCACCAUGGGCAGCGUGGGAACAGUGAGGCCCCUCAAUGGAGACGCUCCGCUAUACGUGGGGGGUAGGGGCCCAGCGCAGAUACCUCGCUCCACUGCAGGCAUGCCCGUUGAUGUGCACUCGUCCAUAGCUCCACGCUCAUGGCACAUUCAGAACGGUUCCAGUUUCCAUGGCUGCAUCCAGAACCUGUACAUCAACAACGAGCUGCAGGACUUCACCAAGACCCAGAUGAAGCCUGGCGUGGUGCCCGGUUGUGAGCCAUGUCGAAAGAUUUACUGUCUGCAUGGAAUCUGUCAACCAGACGCUGCUCUUGGCCCCGUUUGCCAUUGUCAACCAGGCUGGAGCGGCCAGCACUGCGAUCAGCCCACAGCCAACUCAUGCCAGGGCAACAAGUGUGUGCAUGGAAAAUGCAUCCCGCUGGACAUGCAGUCGUACCGCUGUGAAUGCCAAGAAGGUUACCGCGGUGCUCUGUGUAACCAGCAGGGAGAACUCUUCAACCCCUGCAGAAGGUUACAGUGUAAACAUGGCCGUUGCCAGAUUUCAGACACGGGUGAUGCGUACUGCCACUGUGAGAAUGGAUACACUGGAGAAUUGUGUGAUCAAGAGUCCGAGUGUCGUGGUGAGCCGGUGCGGGACUUCUACCAGGUGCAGCGUGGCUAUGCAAUCUGCCAGACGACGCGCAUGCUCUCGUGGGUGGAAUGCAGUGGAGCGUGCCAGCCGGGAGCCUGCUGUGCCAGCCAGAGGACCAAGCGCCGCAAAUACACAUUUGAGUGCAGCGAUGGCACCUCGUUCAGCGAAGAGGUGGAGAAGAGCAUCAAGUGCGGCUGUGUGGGCUGCAUGUAGUGCAGAGAAGGGAGGCAGAGAGAGAGAAAGAGAGAGAGAGAGAGAGAGAAAGAGAGAAAGAUGGCACGAGUCAGAGAGUAUACAGAAAUAUAUAAUAAAACUAUAUAUUAUGGACAACGACGUUUGUAAAAUAGAGGACUUUUUUUCUCCCUCCGUGAACUCCCAAAGGGUGUACGGCGUAAGACAGAGCCAAAAAAAAAAAAAAAACAAACACGAAAACAAACAAAAAAUAUGUUGUAUCUGUGAAACGUUGUCAGAAAAACAAAACAAAAAAAAAAUACGGUGGCUGAGAAGUCAUGAGGUGUCGCACGAUUUCCAUUUGAUUCCUUCUUUCCAUCCGUUCGCUAGGCCUCAGACAGCCUCAGAGCAACUAGCAGAGAGGUUAAGGCUUUCUCGAAUAGAUCGCUAGAGGAGCAAUGGACGAAGAAACAAGGCUUUUUUUUCUGCACACGCAGCACUGGGGCUGUCCUCUUUGUAAAUGAGUGUCUCGGUAACACCAAUGACGCGCAGUCCCACCACUGUCAAUAACACUGAACUUUUCUAUCAAGUACCUCUUCAUCUAUACACACACACCUACAGACAUAAUCUAUAUUAUAGACGAUGUAUACUGACUAACCGACCGUACUGGACCAUGUCCAAGCAAGUACAGCAUUAGAUAUAAUGCUACAGGCAUGUUGGGCUAACAAGUGAGUAGCUUUGAGAAGCUAGAAAAAUCAUCCAGUGAGGGCAGGACAAGAGAUAAUACGCUAGAAAAUGUCACAAGUGACGUAUGUGUGUGUGUGUGUGUGUGUGUGUGUGUGUGUGUGUGUGUGUGUGUGUGUGUGUGCUCCUAACUUACAAGCUAAACAAAGCUAGCUACCUGUUGUGCUUAGCCUCCCAUAACGGUAUUGAGAGCACACGCUUCUGGUGCCAUUAAACUUGUACAUCAACUUACAGAGAGGGUUUAGCAACAUUCAGAAACUUCUUCCAGAAGGUUUGGGCCCUUGAUCUCUUUAUUUGUCCACGCUUGUACGUGGAUGAUCGUUUUCUUGUCUUUUUUUUUUUUUUUUUGUCAGUUCGUUUUUUGCACUGUCAUUUGCGUUACAGUUUAAAUGGAGCAUAUAUUCAGAUGAUAGUGCUGAAUUUUGUCUUCUUUUUCUUUUUUUUUUUUAAAUCGUGGUGUCCACCAUCACAUGAGGACUGUAGUUAAUAUUUCUUAAGACCCCAGUAUAGCCAAUUGCGUUGCCUUUUUAGUUCGUAUCAAUGAAUUCUGGUAGGUGUGUUUAAUAAAGAGCCCUUCCCUCAGUUUUGCAGGAUUAUAUUUGUCUCCAUAUGCGACACUGUAUUUGUACAGCUGAGUGGUAUUACUGCCUCGCACACUAUACACACCCAGCCGAUAGUGUCCCGUGGCACCGAUUACCCAGCAUGCAUUGCGUUUCCCUUUCCCUCAAUGUGAGCAGGAAGAAUCUUAUGUUCUCCUCUCGAUGCCUGCAGUAUUACUUGUGCAAAUUUUUUGCAUGUUUGAAAGACUUGCAAUUUGAUAUCUAGACAUCGUUAUUACUCAUUUUUGUUUCCUAAUUUCAAUGCUUUUUUCGCAUUGCUUUCUUUGACAUUUUGUUUCCUGAUGUAACCUAACUCAUUUAGCCCUCUCUUUAUACAGAAAUGCCUAACAGAUUCUAAUAUAUAUUUGUAUUUCAUUUUUUUGGUAUAGUAUUUUUAUAUGUUAAAGAGUUAAUCUGUGUUUUUCGGAAGUUACUAUUGGAAAAAGGCAGAAUGACAUUUGGCGGACUUCAUUGGAAUAUUAUUUUUUACAUUUUAACUCAGCUACUCAUAACACGCUAAAAACGAAACUAGUUUGCAAUUGGCCAAAAAUUAAAAAAAAAAAAACAACAAAAAAACAAAACAGUGACCUCGUUCAAAUAGGAGCCAUUAUUGAUUUAGGAGAAAUUUUAAUAUUGUAUAUGUUGUCUUCCAUGUGUAUAUUACAUCUAAUACUGUGUGCUUUUUUUUUUUUUUUUUUUUAAUUUAUUUUUUAUCUAAAAGCUUCCUGAUCUAGAAGUGGCAGAAUCUGUAAUAGAAGUUACAGAUUUUAAAUAACAACAUUUCUGUCUUUUUUUUUUUUUUCAAAAUGAAAAUAAAAGUAAAAAUCCAAAACUUUCUUUAAAAUCUGUAUGGUAUUUAUGAUAUUAUUGUAAAAGCUAGAAAGGGCUGCCUAACACAUUCCGGUUUCCCGAGCCAGAGAGUUGAGAGGCCUAAACACAACUGCGAGCAGAAAAGAUUGUACCUCUGACAUUUUUUUUUUGUUAUAAUUUUUAUUUUUUAUAUAUUUUAACUGGUGUUAUUACUUUAAUUUCACAAAAACAUACCUACACAGAAUGCAUAUAUAGGGUUACUCCUCACUAAUUGCUUGCUCAUUCAGCAUCACUCAAGCAUAGGUGCCAGCGUCAUAGACUUUUUGAUAGAUAUUUAAAGAGUCGUACUCUUUAGUAAAGUGGUAUCUUUUAGGAGUAACUUAAUGUGUCUAAUGUUCACUCUGCUAUCUGAAAGACAUUUCUUUUUUUUUUUUUUUUUUGUGAAUGGCGAAAAACUUCAUCCUGUAUUUUUCUGCUGCUGUGGAUGCUAAAGCACUCGUUUUUAUAACCCCAUUCGAGCCUCGUCUUCUUAUAGCGCUUCUUCUUCACUGAACAGCGCGGCUGUUAGAUGGAGGUGAACUGUUAAUCCAUGAAGGUGUGUUGCAUGGUUCCAAUGCACUUUCCAUGCUUUCCGUAUCGCUCUCCAGUCAUUUUCCACUCAAGACUUUGAGAUCUCGAACUGAUCCUGUCAUAAACCCUCUAUUUUCCUAAGCUAUACUCCUGAACAUGUAUUGUGAACAAUGCAGUGUCUCUGUUGUAUUGAACUUUUUUUUUUUUUUUUUUUUUAAGUGCUGCAAGAGCUCUUAAAUGUUCGCUAACUAUCAAAUGUGCUUCUGUUGCUUUUUGUGCGUCUCUGGGAUUUGAUGGUUAUAAUUGAUCAUUGCAGUAAAUCUGAAUGUAAGUAGUGCCACCGACAAAAUGUUUACUGAAAACUCCACCCUUUUCAUUCAUUAAAAUGUGUGUGCUUUUAUUAUGUAA